GUGGGGCGGAGGUUUCGGUGACAGGGAGGGAAUCGUGCAGAGGAGUAGGCUGGGGGGCCCUCCAGUCAAAUUGGUCAUUUUCUUCUCGUCUACUAGCUCGCUUGCUCUUUCUCUCUCUUCGGUCUUGGAUCCCCCGACUCUUCCGGAGCAGGGGUUGCUCCCUGCCCCGGGCCUGGCCCGCUGCCCCUCGAGGGGCAGAUGGCUGUCCGCAGCGGCAACACCUUGACGCCUUUCUCCAUCCAGGCGAUUCUUAACAAGAAGGAGGACAGGGUAGGACAUCCGUGCUUGGAAGGGCGCCUGCUCCCGGCUAGGGGAGCCGCGGCCCCUGCAGGCUCGGCCGCGGCGGCUCCAGCCUGUUGCUGGAGACUUUUUGGAGAAAUGGACUCGGGUACUGUGGGGGGAUCUGGGGAGACGCUCCUGCCCUCCCCGGCUGGGCCUAGGUCUGUGGCGGCAGCCGCAGCAGCAGCAGCAGCAGUGGCUGUGGGGCUGACAGCGGGGAGCCCGAGGGGCUGGGACUCGGACUCUGCUCUGAGCGAAGAGAACGAAGGGGAGCGGCGCUGCCCGGCGGAGGCUGUAGGAUUGCCCGGGAUGGCCAGCGGCGCGGGACGCGCCCAGGAAACUCCCUGCAGGGGGCAGCCGGGGCCAGAGGCUCCGGCCAAAGACCUGGAAGAAGAGCCCCCAGGCCUGAGUGACAGUGAGAUGUCAGCCAGCGUCUCAGAUCGCAGCCCGAGGACAGAGGAGGACGGAGGCGGAGGCGGCAAGUGCGAGAAACUCCUUUGUGGCGGGGGCCCUGGAGUAGAGGAGCAAUCUGCGCCCAAGCCUCGGAAGAAGCGCUCCCGGGCCGCGUUCUCUCACGCACAGGUCUUCGAGCUGGAGCGCCGUUUCAAUCACCAGCGCUACCUGUCUGGCCCGGAGAGAGCCGACCUGGCAGCCUCUCUGAAACUCACCGAGACUCAGGUGAAAAUCUGGUUCCAGAACCGCCGCUACAAGACCAAGCGCCGCCAAAUGGCCGCAGACCUGCUAGCUUCGGCUCCUGCUGCCAAGAAGGUGGCGGUCAAAGUGCUAGUGAGGGACGAUCAGAGACAGUACCAUCCGGGAGAGGUGCUCAGGCCCCCCUCCCUGCUCUCCCUUCAGCCCUCCUACUACUACCCCUACUACUGCCUUCCGGGCUGGGCCCUCUCCACCUGCACGGCCGCAGCGGGCACCCAGUGAAGGACUACGACAACGUCGAGCCAGGUCCCCAGACGCUUCCACAAAAACCUACCAGUCCUCCGAGUCAUCCGAGGAAAAGGACAUCAAGGACACUAUUUAUUAUGAUUUCUUUAUUUUUGUUAUUAUUGCUGUUGUUGGGUCUGAGAUGGCUUUUCAUUAAGGAUGAGGGAAGUAAGGGGAUUAAUUGGGGGGGGCAGGAUAAGGGUAUAGGGGAAAGUGGGGAAUUGCUAUUUGUCAAGUUGCCUAACUUCACAGACAUUUACAACAAGCCGAGAGCUUCGUCCAUUCGGCCAAACGAGUUCAUGGUAUCCAUGCUACCGAGAUAUUUGUAUAUACCUAUCUAUUUUUUUUAAUUGGAUUGAUAUGGAGUUGGGGGAAGGGGAUCGAUUAGACCCAAAACCCACCGGAGUCAUACCAAGGGCACCCUGAUGGAUGGAUUGAAAAUGAUUGUUGCUGUCUUGGUUAUUUUGAUUUGGGUUUGGUGUCUGUGUGCCUGUCCCCAACCCUCCUCUGGCGCCCGAGCCUGUGGCCCUGCAGCUGGCCCUGUUCGGCGCUGAAUGUAAGUAAGCCUCGUUUUAUGCUCCUUGGUUCACUCUCCGUGGCUAGCGCCGCAGGACUCUAAGUGGCCUAGUGUGAGACCCAGGCUAAUGCAGUUUAUCCACCUUGAGGGAAACUUUUACGGAGACUCUUUUCUUUCUUUUCUUCUUUCCUUCCUUCUUUCCUUCCUUCCUUUUUUCUUUCUUUCUUUCUCUUUCUUUCUUUCUUUCUUUCUUUAAAGGGAGUUACGACUCGUAGCACUUUCCAGCUGUAUUAAAAUUAUUAUUACUGUUAUCAUUAUUUUUGUAUUCAAUGUGAAUAUUUCUAGUCAGUGUUUUGAAACCGUUGUCUUCAGACAGGAAUCUCCGGACUUUCCAGUGCCCCCUCCUUCACCUUUUCUCUCCUUGUUCUUACCCCCUCCCCCUCAAAAAAACUCUCCUGAAGAAAACAAGCUGUCACGCUUGUUCUCUUGUCGAGCUUACUGAGGUUCUCUUCCAGUUCGUUCACCUCUUCGCUUCUCAAGGGCACCACGCACUCAACCACAGUAUUACUUUUAAGAGAAUUGUGAAUAUUUGUAAGCUAUAUCCGCUUUUAUUUUUUAAUUUAUAAACUUUA